AGUGGCUCAGAUUGCUUCUCACUGUUCGACAGUUCGUGUGGAUGCUUCUGGUUCGUUGUAGUUGAAGUCGCUCCCUAACUCUUCUUUCUUCUUCUUUUGCUACUGUUUCCGCUUCUUCUUAUCUCUUCCAAUUUAAUUCUUCCUCUGAUCCCUAAGACUCGGAUUCGCCAUUGCCGAAAAUGAGUCCUCCGGCGAGUGUCCGGUGAAAUCCAUUUCUUCUUCACAUGCAUGAUCGCUCCUGCCUCACCCAUGGCUCUUUUUCAAGUGAAAACGUGCAAGAUGGAAGUGUUCCUGUGAUAUACUAAUUGUAGUUGUUUCCGCGUUUGAAAGGUUUUGGCGCUGUGGAGUUCUUUUUGUAGCAUCGCCUUGUCAUCAGCUUCUGCUUAUUUUCACCACAACGGCUUUACCAUUUGCUGUGUUCCAUGUCCCAAAAAACGAAAGGAGAUAUUCCUUUUACCCACUCCUCGUCAGGGAAGAUCUGAAGCAGCGCUAGCUGCACACGUCCUCUAAUGGACGCCUACUCCUCUGGAGAAGAAGUGGUUAUUAAGACACGAAAACCAUAUACUAUCACAAAGCAGAGAGAAAGAUGGACGGAGGAGGAACAUAAUAGAUUUCUUGAAGCCUUAAAGCUAUACGGGCGAGCAUGGCAGCGGAUAGAAGAGCACAUAGGAACAAAGACUGCUGUGCAAAUCAGAAGUCACGCUCAGAAAUUCUUUUCAAAGGUUGAGAAAGAGGCCUUUGUGAAGGGUGUUCCAAUAGGAGAAGCUCUUGACAUAGACAUUCCCCCUCCAAGGCCAAAAAGAAAACCAAGCAAUCCUUAUCCCAGAAAGACCAAUGCUUCUCUCUCAAAGAAUGGAAAGUCUCUCUUUUCACUUCCAUCUUCACAUGGUAAACAAGCACUGGACUUGGAGAAACAACCACUUCCAGAGAAGCAUUCUGUGGAGGACCAAAGCACUUCAAAACUAUUUACCAUCCUCCAAGACCCACCUGCUUCAUCUAUAUCACUGCCACUCACAAAUCCAUGUCCCUUGAGGGAGUUUAUACCCUCAAUAAAAGAGGUAACAACUCCAGAUGAAUCUUUUAUUACUCAUGACCUUCAAAAUCACGAGUUAGAUGACGGAGAGCACAGACAAAACGCUAAUGCCACUUGUAAACUCUCUAAGUCCAACAAUUCUGGUGCUGUGGAAUUGGUUCAAACUGAGAAAACAGAUGCUCCUCAUUGCGCAUUAACACUAGAUGCUAUGCAAGGAAAUCAGAAUUACCCGAGACAUGUCCCUGUGCACGUUGUUGAUGAGAGGUUUAACGGACAACCUAAGAUUCUCACAAAUUCUGCUGCAUCAAACAUAAGUGAAAGUCAAAACAACACAGCACGCUCCUCUGUUCAUCAUCAUCAAUCGUUUUCUCCUUGUCCUCCCUUCUCACAACACAAUCAGGAUGAUUACCAUUCAUUUCUUCAGAUGUCGUCCACGUUCUCGAGUCUUGUUGUCUCUACCUUGCUGCAAAAUCCUGUUGCCCAUGCCGCAGCAAGUUUUGCUGCUACCUUUUGGCCCUAUGCAAAUGCAGAAACUUCCGCCGCAGAUUCUCCCGUGUGCACUCCUCCGAGUAUGACAGCUAUUACAGCAGCCACCGUUGCCGCCGCAACUGCAUGGUGGGCUGCCCAUGGACUGCUUCCUCUGUGUACUCCACUUCACACACCCUUUGCGUGCCCUCCUGCACCACCCACUGCACCUCCAUCCAUGGCUCCGACCGAAACACAACACAAAAUCCAACACGGAGAGGCUAAGCCAGAAAACCCUCCUCUGCAAGAUCAGAUACUGGAUCCAGAACAAUCGGAAGUUCUGCAAGCUCAACACUCGGUUUCGAAUUCACCAGGUGUUUCUUCAUCGGAAUCUGAGGAGAAGGGUGAUACCAAUGUAAAUAUCGCAUCAAAGGUUACUAAUGAUGAGAUGAACCAAGUUUCUGAGAAUCCCGAUUCCAACAAAAUGAAUGCAAGGAAACCUGUAGACCGCUCCUCGUGUGGUUCUAACACAACCUCUAGUGGUGAAGAGACUGAGAUACUAGAGAAGGAUGAGAAAGAAAAGGAAGAGCCCAACAAACCUGAGACAAACCUUUUAGGUUCUGAGCCUAAUAAUCGUCGCAGUAGAAGCAUUAGCAACCUUACCAAUUCUUGGAAGGAGGUCUCUGAGGAGGGUCAGCUCGCCUUUCAGGCGCUAUUCUCCAGGGAGGUGUUGCCACAAAGCUUUUCACCCCCUCAUGCUUUGGUAAAUGCAGAUAAUCAGAUUCACAGCAUGAACAAGCAAAACACAGAGUACAAAGAUGAGGGAGUGCAGAAAAGUUUGUCAUUUGUGAAAGAUAAUGAUGAUGAGGAGGGAUUGCUAAGCAUGGGUCUUGGACAAGGAAAGCAGAAGAGUUGUCGAACAGGGUUUAAACCUUACAAAAGGUGUUCGGUAGAGGCAAAGGAAACCAACCAAGGUGAAGAGAAAGGUCCUAAGAGAAUACGGUUGAACGAGGAAGCUUGAACUAUAUGCAUGCAUGCAAGCACACAAAGAAAAUGUCUAGUUUUGCGUAUAACAUUUCUGAGUCCCUUCGACGAGGGUGUGUAUUGGUUGUUUGCAGCUCACGAAACUGGUCGUGUAGGUUUGUGUACCAUAUUAAAUGACCACAUACAAUCUUUUUUUGUUUCUUCGAAUGAUGUUACUGCACUUCAAAACUCCGCUAAAAUAGACUUAGACAACAGACAUUAAGUAUUGUUUGUGCAUUGAUCAUUCAUAAGUAAUUUAUAAUCCAUCUUUCACUCACUUCCCACAUGCAACAUAAAUUCACUUCUUCAAGAUUUUCAGUUGUAAGCAAUGUGAGUUCUCUGUGUGGAUUCAUCUUAUAUCAUAAUUAUGUAAUCUAUAAUAAAUUUCCUCCC